CACUUGGUAUUCGAACUCGAGCAAUUACGUCUAUUGUUGGCGUUUGCUGCUACGUGAAGUGCUCUAUAAAAGGUUGGAGAAGUGGACAGAGUCCAGUAGUAACGUUUCAAGCGUUUUAAAGUUCAUUAAAGCAGCAUGAAGUUCGCCGUCGUCGUAGUCCUGUUCGCUUUGGCCUGGGGUGUCAACAGCUCGGUCGUACCGCUGCUGGCACAUGGCCCUGUCGUUUUGGGCGCACCCGCUGUGCCUGGAUCGGUGGCCAUCCAAGCAUCUUCGGUGCCAGCCGUAGCUGGUUCCGUGGCAAUCCAAGCUUCUGCUGUCCCUGCAGCUGUUCCAGUCGCCGUUGCACCAGCUGGUCCACUUCUUGUGCAGUCUGCUCCUGCGGUCUUGUCGGCGGUUCCAGCUGCUGUUGUGGCCGCUGCUCCUGCUUCCUAUGUGGCCAAGACACGUGGAGCAGUGCACGUGGCUCCAUUGCCCGGCCACAUUCAGUCGGCAGCGUCUGUUAACUUGGAACCCGCACCUGGCACUUGGUAACCACCAUCAUGAUCGAAAAACCGAACCCAUACAGGAAUACUUGUUAACGUUAACUCCUUGACACAAAUCAGCCCCGUUUUGCCAGUCAUUUGAUGUAGAUUGUAUUUGCAGUGGAUGUUUUAACUCUCGAAGAGAUUUCUUACAAAACAUCAGUACUUUCAACCCAUAAUUUCUCCAAUCUAAGUCAAUCAUCAAUCACUCUUUAUAUCAUCCAAAUAUUUCAUAUCACAUUGUACUUGUCUAGCUACACGUCUUCUUCGUUUAUUUUAAUAAAUGACCAACUAUUG